AUGAAGCUUGGAGAUGUGGAAACAACUAACGAACGAAAAGACACCGCUAAGCAGUUUUUGGCCUACGGAAAAAUUCCGCUAAAACUUAUAACUGCUUUUGAUGCAGUUCUGGAAAUUGAUGAUGGUGGAAACUUAUUGAAAACGCAAACAUCUUUCUACGUGAUAGAAAAGGGUCAACAACCGUUGUUGGGAAAACUCACUGCACAACAGCUAGGACUAUUGAGAAUUGGCCUGCCUAGCGCGUAUGAUGACACGAUUAAUCUCGUAGACGCAACAAGGAAAUCAUUUCCUAAGAUGAGAGGUAUUAAACUUAGUCUUCCGAUCGAUAGAAGUGUUCAGCCAGUUAUACAACCGCUGAGGCGAUGUCCAAUUCCGCUUUUGCAAAAGGUCAAAUCGAAGCUAGACGAACUUAUAGAGAUGGAUAUAAUUGAAAAGGUUGUAAGCCCAACAUCAUGGGUAUCACCCCUUGUGCCAAUUCUCAAAGAAAAUGGAGAACUUCGACUUUGCAUAGAUAUGCGCAGAGCCAACCAAGCGAUUCAAAGGCUGAAUCACCCACUUCCAAUUAUUGAUGAUUUCCUUCCUAAAUUUCAAAACGCGAAAUUCUUUACAAGCCUGGAUAUUAAGCAGGCGUUCCACCAAGUAGAGUUAGUUGAGGAUUGUCGCGAUGUAACGACAUUUAUUACCAACUGGGGCUUGUUUCGAUACAAGAGACUGCUGUUCGGCGUUAACUGCGCACCCGAGCUGUUCCAAAAUCUGAUGGAAAGUAUCUUGGCAGGCUGUAAAAACACGGUCAUAUUCAUUGAUGAUAUUGUAAUUUUUGGGUCCACGGAACAAGAACACGAUGAUGCCGUCAAACAAACAUUGAGUGUUCUGAAGCAGUACGGAAUUCUGCUAAAUGAUCACAAAUGCAAUAUCAAACAACGGGAAAUUGUGUUCUUGAGACAUAAGUUCACUCCGGAAGGAAUUUCGCCAACAGACGAAAAGAUUGAAUCCAUAAAACAAAGCCGAGCAGCACGUUCGAAAGAGGAACUCCGUAGUUUUUUAGGCCUGGUUACCUAUGGAUCGAGAUUCAUACCAAAUUUGGCCACAUUAAAUUUUCCGCUGCGAGAGCUAAUAAAACAGGAUUUACCAUUUGAAUGGAAAUCAGAACAUCAGAAGUCAUUCGAUCAGUUGAAAGACCUGAUCGGUUCUACAAAACAUUUAGGGUAUUAUGAUCCGAAAGACAGAACCCUGGUUGUUACGGAUGCUUCGGGUGUCGGAUUAGGGGCAGUCUUAAUCCAGUUCAAAGAGAACAUUCCCAGAAUAAUAAGCUACGCUUCCAAAAGUUUGAAAGAAACAGAAAAAACGUACCCGACGAUAGAAAAAGAAGCGCUUGGAAUAGUAUGGGCGGUGGAAAGAUUUAGGAUUUAUUUGAUGGAUAUCACCUUUGAACCGUCCAUUAGAAACGCUUUUCUCAGUAACUUCCCGUCCAACAGCAAGAAUAGAACGAUGGUUACUUCGUAUCCAGGCAUUCAAAUUCAAGGUAGUAUAUCGGACAAUCAAUGGACUGAUGAGUCUGAAGUGUUCAUCAGACGAAUCGUAGCGGUAUCACUAGCUACAUUGACCAACACAGGUUAUCGCGACUCAUUUGACUUUGGUACAGAGACAAUCAUUAGAGCCAUUCAAGAACGUGCAGCCAUUGAUAUCUUCGAAGUUGUGCAAGCUACAAGCUUGGAUCCUGAAUUACAGAAGCUCAAGGAUUGUAUACUGAGUGACAAGUGGGAUCAGGAGGAUUUAAAACAUUAUACUGUGUUUCGUAAUGAGUACUCAUAUGUGAACAAUCUUCUCAUGCGGGGAACAAAACUAGUCAUACCUUCUUCAUUGCGGCAUAGAAUGUGCCAGCUUGCACACGAGGGGCAUCCUGGUCAGUCCAUGAUGAAACGUCGAUUACGUGAACGGUGCUGGUGGCCGGGAAUUGACCAAGAAGCAGUGAAGAUUUGUGAAUCGUGCGAAGGGUGUAGACUGGUACAGAUACCUGAUCCCCCGGAACCAAUGAAACGUCGCGUUCUUCCAGAUAAACCAUGGAUAGAUAUCGCCAUAGAUUUUCUGGGGCCCAUGCCAACAAGCGAGUAUAUCCUAGUUGUCAUUGACUACUACAGUCGGUAUAUGGAGCUAGAGAUUAUGACCAAAAUUACUGCUCGGGAGACUAUUGAAAGACUAAGACGAAUUUUUCGAGUUUGGGGACCUCCAAGGACCAUUACCCUUGACAAUGCGAAGCAAUUUGUAUCCACCGAUUUGGAUGACUUCUGUAGAAUCAGUGGAAUCCACUUGAACCAUAGAACUCCAUAUUGGCCACAGGAUAAUGGAGAAGUGGAGCGUCAAAACAGGUCCUUGCUAAAACGAAUGAAGAUAGCGAAUGCCCUAUACGGUAACUGGAAAGUUGAACUCGAUCAUUAUUUGCAACUGUACAACAACACGCCGCAUACGAUUACAGGGAAAUCGCCUGAACUUAUGCAGAACAGAAAACUACGGACAAAAUUGCCUCAGCUGGACGAUCUAGAGACGGUGCUACCAUGUUCGGAUUUCAGAGAUAAAGAUUAUGAAAUGAAAACGCUUGGAAAGGAUCGGGAGGACAAGAACCGUAAGGCAAAAGUAAGCGAAAUAUCUGUAGGCGAUACAGUUAUCAUGAAAAAUCUCCUGCCAACCAACAAACUUGCCACAAGCUUCUUGAAAGAGAAGUUUACAGAAUACAUCACAUCUCAAGCUACUGCCUGCUUCAUUCAAUGA